UGCCAACAUUUGCCGCUAGCAUUGCUCAAAACUACAGUGAUAAAAGUGUGCUUGCCUUCAGCUCCUAGUUGCUAAGAAUUGUCUUCCAAUAUUAAGAUAUCUUUAAAAAGCAGAGAUCUAUUAAAACAUUGAAUUGGUGCAAGUUGGUCAUCACCUUCAUACAGAUUGUGUUGAGAUUGUGUUGGCAGGAAAGGGUUGGAACAAAAAGCGUGACCGCGCUGUAAAAGUAUUCUUGCCACGGAAAUGUGGACCAAUAAACAACACCUCUGUAUGCGGUUUCUGUGAAAUGCUGGAGUGUUGGACAGCCAGCAAACCAACCUGCGUGUAUGUGAUAUAAAAACAACACGAAACCCCCAUUCUGUCUCUCUCAACUAUAUUUUUAGUAUAUUAACCUCUAUGACUGAUGUAUUCAUCUGUGUGUACAUUUCUCCCACAGCUGCAAGAUAAAAAAAAUCUAACACUUUAAGAACACAGAUAAUCUCAUAGUUGUGUUGAAGUAUUUUCAGAAGCAUUAUCUUUUCUCAUCCAUUCAUCAUCUCUGAGCAGAAAACACAGACAGUGCUAAAAGAGAGAGAGAAAAAUAAGCAUUUGUAGCUCUUUAGAGAACAUGCAGUGUCUUUUUACUGCGCACAGAGCUGGGUUAACCACAUGCAGACUUUGAGGGGAGGGGACGGCGAAGAAGGUGCAGUGAUGAAAAUUGAAAGUGUAUUAAAUUCCAGCAUGUACAGGAGACAGAAGAACGUGGCAGCUGUUACGACAUUCUGCACAUUACAGCAGAAAACUUCUUAAGGAUGUGUUUCUGAGUGUGAGCUUCCUAUUUUAGCCCUGUUGGCGUUUUGAGCUCUUAAGCAACAUCUUGCAGAAAAGAAAAGUUCAAGAGAGAGACAAUUGCAACAUGCGGAGAAAUUUGCCAAUAGUAUAGAGGAGAAAAACAGCCUAACACAUGUAAGUAUCAGCCAUUUUCAUACCACAAUAAGCUCGUAGAGUGUCUGACUAUUGAAAGUGAAUGCUCAAAAAGCCAAAUCUUUCAUGAAACUCAACACUUUAUUGUAAUUUUAACCUUGAUUUUGUCUCAAUCUUUGAGCAUGAAGAAAGUAGUCUUAAUUUAUUUUGUGAAAGUUGUCUACAUGUGACUGACAUACUGAUGUCUUGUUUAUUUUCAUGGAUGCAGACGAUUGUACAUGCACAUAGACGUGUCCAUAUGUGCGCGUCCAGGGCAAUUCACAGUCCAGUUAAUGGGACGACAGCCAUCCCAUGGAGGAGCAGCAGGAAGAGACUGUCGCUGCUAGAGCAGCUGAGGGGCUGUCAGGAGGCCUGGUGCCCCAGGGCCCCCUGGGAUAGAGAGGAGGCCCACGCUGCUAUCUGUGGAACACCUGCUGGGAGUUUCCUGGUUGUGCGAGACUCUGCGACCUCUCAGCCCAGCCUGCUGUGUGUGUCAGCUGGAGGAGAACAUGAAGCAGUUGUUGAUUAUAAUAUCACAAGCACAGGCACAGUCUUCCAGCUGUCUGACUCUCGUCUGUCUUUCUCUGACUUGGCUCAGCUCGUGCUCUUCUACUCUCUUACCAGGGAUGUUUUGGCUGUCUGUCUUUUCAUUCCUCGCUGGAUCUACAGUGUAACCGAGAGGUCCAAAGAUAAUCUUGCUCAACUUGAACCCAAUACUUGGCUCUUCACCCCGCCUGGCCAACACACAACAGAUGAAAUGAACCAGAGGGAGCCAAGCAACGUAGUGUGCUCCAUACAGCUGACAUCCACCAAUGGGGCGCUGUGUAUCAUCAAUCCUCUCUACCUUCAUGAACAUGGAGAUGACUGGCUGACCCACAGGGCGAGCGCUGUGCAGCGCACCACACAGCCAUCAAAUUACAGAGGAGAGCGACGCCUCAGCACCACCAGAACAUGGGCAGGGGCGGGAUUACAAAGUAAACGAGCCAUCUCUUUGGACCAGGAACCCUCCAGUGUGGAGAGUUCUGGUCUAAUGAGAGCCAAGUCAGCGGAUUUACCACGUUGCCCCACAACCCCGUCAACACCAGCUGCUCCAGCAGGGGUGGUUCUCAGGAGACCCAGCAGAGAUUCUGCCUCCAGCCCUCCUUACAGAGCGAGCACUGGCAGCCUUUCUUUAUUUACUCCAUCCAACUCUGAAAGUAAAAAUUGUGGAGCGUUUGAGCCGCAGCAACAUGGCAGCCCAGUGCCUCAGUCUCCUUACAGGGUGUCCUGGAUCGAAGAUGGAGUCUGGCUGCCCCCGCCCAGGCCUUCCUCUUUGCUCCACCCCCCAUCGCUGGAGCUCGACUCGCUGUCCAUCAGCAGCAUAGAGGAAGAGCAGGAGCCCCAAACGUCCAACCCUACCCCGCACCACCCUUCUGCGCACCGGUUGGCUGACAAAGUCAUCCAUCGUCUCUCAGCGGUGGGUCAAGCUCUCGGUGGGCUGGUAAGUCCGAGGAAGAGACUAAUCAAUCGUGUGCUGGAGCUGAGUGAGCGGAAAGGCGCAGCGUUUGCGGAGGCUGUAAAAGGAUUUGUGGAGAUGACGUUGAAGAAAGGGGCUGAUCCCGAAGGGGUCACAGGGUCAGAGUUCUUACAGGAAGUCAGGUCAUCGCUCUCGUCACUGAGGGAGACACUGUUGGACUAUCCAGAAAUCCAGGCAACGUUGGACAGCAUCACUGACAUAAAUGACUCAGAGAUCGACUCCCUUGUAGAGCUUUCCCUCCACAAGGUGGCUCUGAAGCCCGUCUCCGCACACCUCUACUCCUGCAUUCAUGUUUCCCGGACUAAUGACGGCAGCUUCAAGCGUCUGCAAAGCAAUCUGCACGUGCUGGAAAAAAACGGGGUAGAGCAGUUAGGGGGAUCGGCGGGAGUUGGAGUUCCCGACUCUUUGACCCUGGAGCGGAUCCAGCAGCGGUGGACUAGUAUGCAUGAGGCUUACUCCCCAAACAAGAAGGUCCAGAUCCUGCUCAAAGUCUGCAAGAGCAUCUAUCACAGCAUGAGUGCUAAUGCUAGCUCAGGUACAGCAUUUGGAGCAGAUGAUUUCCUGCCCUGCCUGACAUGGGUGCUGCUCCGUAGUGACGUGGUCACCUUACACCUGGACACAGACUACAUGAUGGAGCUGCUGGACCCCACACAGCUACAGGGAGAGGGUGGCUACUAUCUUACAACUCUAUACGCCUCUCUGUACUACAUCAGCAGCUUCCGGCCACGAUUGGCUGCUCGUCAGCUCAGUGUCGAAGCCCAACAGUCUCUUAACCAAUGGCAUCGCAGGCGUACCCUGCACUGCAACCAAUCACGGCGCAGCAAGAACCGACGGACCAUUCGCAGGCAGGCAUAUCGGGAGAGGGGCGCGCAGAGCUCUGAGACAGAAACUGAGGAGAAAGAGAAAAGUGGGAAAGAUUGUGAUUCUGUUAGUAAUGACGAGUCACAGCAGCAGAGAGAAAGCCCUGCAGAAGCUCUGCAGCCGCUGAAGGAAGACACGAGCAGUGGAAGAGAAGUUGAGGACGAAUCACAGAUACCCUCUCAAGCGUCAGACUGUAGUCAGCAAGACGUAACAGGAAGCUAGACUCUAUGUGCAGCAGGAGAAGAUGAUCACAGAGGAUUGUAAUAGAGAAAAGACGAAGAAUGGCCCUUACAGUAAUGCAAAGAAUGGCCACACAUUUUUUGGUCUAUAUCCACCACGUUCCACUUCCGGGACUGCUCCGUUCCGGCCGGAAAUUUCAUUGGAUGUCCUUCUUUUCGGCCGGAUGUCCAUUACCUUCUGCUUUCUUUGUGUUGGCAUUUUAAACUUGAUUUAUGAGGACUAUGGUUAACUGCUCCUCAGAUCUCUGCAUGGUAAAUCCAUCUGUGCAAUCUGAAUUUUCUGUUGCAUGACUAAAGUGUGUGCUCCGUGCCGUAACCGUCGGAUGGGCCAUCGGCCUUCAUUUUGGCCGAUUUUACAUGUUGAAUUCGGAGGGCGGGCAGUCGGACUCAAUGACCAAUCUGAUUGGUGGAGUUUUAAACCUUGACUAGCGAAUCAGUGCACUUAUGUUAGCAUGACGAACGGAUCUCAAAAUCUGAUGAAAAUCUUUCAAACUUUGUCGAUAAAAAAAAAAAAAA